AUGACUGGCACAGAUAAAAUUAAACCACUAUUAAUUGGAAAAUCGGCAAAACCUAGGUGUUUCAAAGGUAUUAAAACAUAUCCAUUAGAUUAUGAAUCAAAUAAAAAAGCGUGGAUGACGAGUGCAUUGUUUGAAAAAUGGCUGUCUAAUUUUGAUAAAAAAAUGAGUUUAAAAGGUAAAAAAGUACUCCUCUUAAUUGACAAUUGUACUGCUCAUAAAACAAAAAAGAAAUUAAAUUCUAUUAAAGUAGAUUUUUUUCCACCAAAUACGACUUCACAAAUUCAGCCAAUGGACCAAGGUAUAAUACAGAACAUUAAAAUAUUAUAUCGUAAAGAAAUUAUUCGCAAAAUGGUUAAUGAUAUCGAUGAAGGUAGAUCUUUUUCGAUAAACUUGUUACAAACUAUGCGAAUGUGUUAUAAAGCAUGGGAAAAUGUCGAGAAAAAUACAAUUGUUAAUUGA